UUUUCAUGACAUCUUAAGUUAUGAACAAGCAAAGAACUUACUGCUUUAGACAAUUCCACAUGAAUAAGAAUGCCUAGAAAAGGGUUAAUUCUUCAGAUCCGGACCCACUGGCUACUAUUGGGUCUUGCUUUACUCUGCAGUUUGGUAGUAUUAUUCUUGUACCUUCUGGAAUGUGCUCCCCAGACUGAUGGCAAUGCAUCUCUUCCCGGUGUGAUUGGGGAAAACUAUGGCAAAGAAUAUUACCAAGCCCUUUUACAGGAGCAAGAAGAACAUUAUCAAACCAAGGCCACCAGUCUGAAGCGCCAGAUUGCCCAGUUGAAACAAGAAUUACAAGAAAUGAGUGAGAAGAUGAAAUCAAUCCAAGAGAGAAAAAAUAUAGGAGCUAACAGCAUUAGCUUCCAGGGCAAUAACGAACAAGCCCCUAGUGACCUCUUGGACUUUCUUCAUUCCCAAAUCGACAAAGCUGAGGUUAGCAUAGGCUCCAAGCUACCUAGUGAAUAUGGGGUCGUGCCCUUUGAAAGUUUUACAUUAAUGAAAGUAUUCCAGUUGGAAAUGGGUCUCACUCGCCAUCCUGAGGAAAAGCCAGUUAGAAAGGAUAAGCGAGAUGAAUUGGUAGAAGUCAUCGAAGCUGGCCUAGAGGUCAUUAACAAUUCCGAUGAAGAGGAUGAGCGGGAAGAUGAGGCUGGUCCCCUGGGAGAAAAACUGAUAUUCAAUGAAAAUGACUUCAUAGAAGGUUAUUAUCGCACUGAGAGAGAUAAGGGCACGCAGUAUGAACUCUUUUUUAAGAAGGCAGACCUCAUGGAAUAUAGACAUGUGACUCUCUUCCGCCCAUUUGGACCACUCAUGAAAGUGAAGAGUGAAAUGAUUGACAUCACUAGAUCAGUUAUUAAUAUCAUUGUGCCCCUUGCUGAAAGAACUGAUACUUUUUCACAAUUCAUGCAGAACUUCAGGGAUGUAUGUAUUCAUCAGGAUAAGCGAAUUCAUCUCACAGUGGUGUAUUUUGGUAAAGAAGGAUUGGCUAAAGUCAAGUCUAUCCUGGAAUCCAUUGCAAGUGAGUCUAAUUUUCACAAUUACACGUUGGUCUCAUUGAAUGAAGAAUUUAAUCGUGGACGAGGACUAAAUGUGGGUGCCCAAGCUUGGGACAAGGGAGAGGUCUUGAUGUUUUUCUGUGAUGUUGAUAUAUAUUUCUCAGCCGAAUUCCUUAACAGCUGCCGCUUAAAUGCCGAGCCAGGUAAGAAGGUGUUUUACCCCGUGGUGUUCAGUCUUUACAAUCCUGCCAUCGUUUACGCCAAUCAGGAUGUGCCACCACCUGUGGAACAGCAGUUGGUUCACAAAAAGGAUUCUGGCUUUUGGCGAGAUUUUGGCUUUGGGAUGACUUGUCAGUAUCGAUCAGAUUUCCUGACCAUCGGUGGAUUUGACAUGGAAGUAAAAGGUUGGGGUGGAGAAGAUGUUCAUCUGUACCGAAAAUACUUACAUGGAGACCUGAUUGUGGUUCGGACUCCGGUUCCUGGUCUCUUCCACCUCUGGCACGAGAAGCACUGUGCCGAUGAGCUGACUCCCGAACAGUACCGCAUGUGCAUCCAGUCCAAAGCCAUGAAUGAGGCAUCCCACUCUCACCUGGGAAUGCUGGUCUUCAGAGAGGAGAUAGAGACUCAUCUUCACAAACAGGCGUACAGAACAAAUAGUGAAGCAGCUGGACAUCAUUGACAAUUGACUCUGAAAAACCACAAGCCAGCACUGUUGAUUUCGCCUUAAUUCUAGUUCCAGAUGCAGUGCCUCUUUCAGAAACAACAUACUUAUGUUUUCUGGGUUUUGACAUUAACAAUUUAACUAGACAUGAUAGGAAAAUGCAAGUAUUGUCCUACCCAGCCUAUUUGUGAGAAUACUGGACUAUGGCAUCAUUGGCCAAUCAGAAUCUGCUAUUUAUUCCAAAAGUAGGUUUGAGUUAGGGCCAGCAUGGUGCCCAGGUGUUGAGAUGUCCUAGUUGCCUCUGGGCUGUGUGAUAGUGUUUUGUGCUAAUAGCCAAUCAAGGAAUAUCUUGCAGAAAGGAAUGGAGUGUUAUGGAUGAAAAGUAUGGAUAAGGGCUUUUCACCUGCCAGCCCCUGCGCUUGGUUUGAUAUGAAGAUAACAGAAUUCUUUUUUACUGAAGUACAGAUAAUUAAAUGUCACAUUUAAAAUCCCACUCAGUUGAGCAAACAGAAAUAAAUGUCUUUUAAUGUUCACAA